GCAGAACUCGUAGUGGUUGCGUGUAAGCGCAGCCAUUUUGCUGGUAAUACCCGGGCGGACGGUGUGUUUAGGACCUGUAAAAACCAAAAAGACACACAUUUACAACGACUGAAGGAGCAAGUGAUCGAGAGUUUGAGACUCAACAUCUGUCCACGAUGAGCAGUGUCAGGGUCGCAGUGGUGGGAGCUGGUGUGGUUGGAUUCUCCACUGCUGUGUGCAUCGCUGAGGCUCUUCCUUCAUGUUCUGUCACUCUGCUGGCUGAGACUUUCAGCCCGGACACCACCAGCGAUGGAGCUGCUGGGAUCCUGUUUGCUGCAAAGUUUCCAGAUAUUCCCUUGGAAAGACAAAGACGCUGGUUCAAGGACACCUUUGAUCACCUGCUGGCCAUUUCUCAAUCAGAAAACUCACCGGAAGCUGGAGUAAUGCUGAGCUCUGGAUGUCAGAUUUUUAGAGAGGUUCCAGAAGAUACAAAGCCUUACUGGUCUGACCUUGUGAUGGGCUUUCGACACAUGACUGACCGUGAACUAAAGCGGUUCCCUGAUCACAAGUUUGGCCAGAUUUUCACCACAUUAAAAUGUGAAUGCUCAAGCUACCUGCCAUGGCUGGAGAAGAGGUUUAGUAAAGCUGGAGGUCAAGUGCAACAGAAGAAAGUCAACAAUCUUCAGGAAUUAAGCAGCAGCUACGACAUCAUCGUCAACUGCUCUGGUCUGGGCUCCAAAGCGCUGGUGGGUGACGCCGAGGUUCACCCGGUCAGAGGACAGGUCCUCCAGGUGGACGCACCAUGGUUGCAGCACUUCAUCAGAGACGGAGACGGAAAGACGUACAUCUUCCCCGGCAUACACAGCGUCACAGUCGGUGGCACGAGGCAGGAGGGCGACUGGCGACUCGGGGUGGACGAAGGAGACACGAAAAGCAUCCUGGAGCGUUGCACCAGGCUGGAGCCGUCGCUCAGCAAAGCCAACGUUCUCGCCACGUGGGUCGGUCUGAGGCCGAGCAGAAGAAAUCCAAGGGUGGAGAGGGAGGGGAUGCAGCUGCAGGGCAAGAGAGUUCCAGUGGUCCAUAACUACGGCCAUGGGGGCUGGGGAGUCAGUCUGGCCUGGGGCACCGCCCUGGACGCCAUGAGGCUGGUUAGCCAGUGUCUUUAUGAAAUACCACUACAAGCUAAGCUGUAAAGUAGGACCGUCACUAAACCCGAGUCUUUAACAAGUCAUGAUGCUGUAAAAACUAAGUCAUUAAAAGCACUGAAUUAAGAGGUCAUCGUAGCUUUUAGAAUUUUCAAUGGCAUUAAGACAAAACAUGAAAUGAAUUGAUUUUAUUAUGUGAAAUUUGCUGCUUAUGGUGGUGGAGACGUGCUGCUAUUAGAGCCUGAGGUGAAGUAUCAAACUAAAGGGAUUUUGUGCCUGUAACAGUUGCCUUUGCUGUCAAAAAGAAAAAAAAGUAAGUCAUAUUUAAUGAUGUGAAUAGAAGGGUGAUUUACAGCCUUGCAAAUGUUUAAUAAAGCACAUACAAACACCUUUA